CAGCAGCUGCAGCCGGUGCCACGCUCGCAGCGCCGAACCUCCUGAGAGCCCCUCGCCAUGGUGGAAGCCUUCGCGGGCACCUGGAAGCUGGUGGAGACCAACAAUUUCGAUGAGUACAUGAAGGCUCUGGGCGUGAGCUUUGCCACGCGGCAGAUGGCCGGGCUCACCAAGCCCACCACCAUCAUCGAGGUGAACGGAGACAAGGUCACCGUGAAGACCCAGAGCACCUUCAAGAACACCGAGAUCAACUUCAAGCUGGGCGAGGAGUUCGACGAGACCACGGCGGACGACAGGCACGUCAAGUCUGUGGUGAAGCUGGACGGCGGGAAACUCGUCCACGUGCAGAAGUGGGACGGGAAGGAGACAUCGCUGGUGCGGGAGCUGAAGGAUGGGAAGUUAACUCUGACUCUCACCAUGGGCAACGUGGUCUGCACCCGCACCUACGAGAAGGCGACAUAGACGCUGCCCCAGCCCCUGCUGUCACCCAGUGCCACGUCCAGCCCACACCCCACAUCCCCACCCGUGCUGGGCACAGCUCCACGUGGGACUGGAGCUGCUGCACCGCCGGGACUUCCUGCUGUCCCCACCCCAGAGCCCCCCCAGGGCCUGGGGGUGGGUUUGUGGUUUCUUGUUGGGGUUGGUUUUUUUAAUUAAUAAUGGGAAAACUCGCAUGGAAAAAAAAUAAAGGCCGUGUUGUUA